UUUUCAGAGCCCAAAAAGCAGAGAGGAGCUAUUCUUGAACGAUGGGACGGAAUCGAUGGUUACCUGUGCCAGAAACUGUUGGAAGAUCCUCGUUUUCCAACUAUGCCCACAUAUUAUUCAUACACUCCGAUGUUCAGUGAGCCAGUCAACUGGGGUGACAACUACGGCUCAAGAAUCAGUGCCUACUUUGUGCCACAGCAAAGUGGACAACAUAUAUUCUUUAUAGGUGAGGAAGCAUGUAUCCUCAUCAAUCGGGGCUUUUCAGGGAUAAUUUUCAAUACUACUGUGUCCGGAACCUACUGCCAGACUACUUGUGAUACAGUAUAAUCAAUUAAUAGGUAAAUAGUCAUAAAUACUCCUCCUAAUUUAUGGUCACCACCAAAAAUUUAUUACGCCCCUAAAAAGGUCUUUUAUGUCCCACAGACUCACUCUGAUUGAAUGAAAGUACGUCCUUAUCUGAUUAGCCAGUUGGUUUAAUUUCCAACUGCCAGUUAGCAUUUUUAUCUUACUUUGUUUCAUUUGAAUGUCAUUUGUUAAUGAUUGUUCCUGAGAUGGCCCUUGCGAUGGCUAUUUAUCUGAAUAUUUAAACAAUUUGCUAGUAGCCUUUUACAUCUAUAUUUUAUUCCAGAAAGUGACAAUGAGGGCCAACUGUUUUUAAGUACGACAGAUAACCCUGACGAUAAGAUUCUGAUAUGUCGCGUUGGAAAAGAUCACGAGUCCCUUCCUAUGCAGUUUAGAAAGUAUGUAUACUGUCUAGAUAUUGGUUUAUAUUUUAAGACAAAAAUGAUUAUGAUCCAUUUUCAUUAGGCGUUGUAGUCCGUUUGGAACCAAGGCAAACUGGAACUGUUAAGAAAAGUUAUAAGAAGUAAUUUAAUUACUACGAAGCACCUGACAGCUCUUUGGAACUACGGCUCCAUCCUUCCAGAUCGAAUUAGAAAUUAGAAGUGGCGGGAAAACCCGAAUGUCUGGAGUUAAACCUCUGUACUACCCCAAUAAUAAUUCGUGUCUCGACCCAUGUUGUUAGGCGAAACUAAACGGCUUAAAAAUUGUUGCUUAAGAUUAUUGCUUUCGUAUACCUUCAGAUAUCCCGAACAAGAAUCAUACCCCAUCAACCUUAUGAAUGGCUCAUACUACUACAUCGAGGCGCUUCAUAAGGAGCAAUACGGCAAUGAUUCUCUGACGGUAGCUGUCAAGACCCCGGAUAACAAAUUUUACGCACCCAUCCCCUCCCAGUUCCUGUGGACACAAGCGCCACAUAAGGAAGGUAUGGCAGUUAUUCGAAUCAAUAAAAUUGCUAUUUUUCAUAACUUCAUAUUCUCUAAGAAUUUCCUUGUGCUUUUCGUGCCAUUUAUAUCAUAAUGUUUUUAAAGACUCUGUUUAGUGUUAAAAUUGUAAGUGAAAAAUAACAAAUGACCUGAUUAACGUGAGCAAGUGUUCGGGAUCCCAUACGGCGAUCCAAAAACAAAUUGUAGGGCGAUAAGGGUAGCAGGAGUAAUCUACACUGUUAUCAGAACAGAGAUUCGUCACGUUUCUAGCAACCGUGCAAAUCUUGAGAGGCGCUGUUCUUGACGCCACGCUGCCUGAAAGAAAGUUGCAACGAGAAUUUACUAGAACCGAAGAUAAAAAGGGUUUACCAGUAAAGAAAUUUUCCUUUUGAUAUGUAUUUCUUAAAGAUAACAAGAAAGCCCCCCAGUCUCUUCUCUUAAAGAUAGCAGCCAAAGCGGGGGCUAAGGCGGGAGCAUCCCUUGGGAUGUCUGAAGCCAAGAUAAGUGGGGCAGAAGCCGGGGCCUUGGCAGGAGCGGUAGCUGGGCAGAGGGCUGCAGCCGAAGCAGCGGAAGCAGCAGCAACAAAAGCAGCAACAGAAGUCGCCACAAAGACGCUUAAGGAUUUUUUUUUUCAGUUUUAGAAAUAUUCUUGAUGUGUAAUGCCUAAUACUUUAGGUUAUUCUUGUUGAAUCAUUUACCGUUAUGACUUAGAUUCGAAAAUAUCACAUUAUUAUUGUGAUCAAACACUGAAUUAAUUAAACAAUUUCGGCUGUAACUGAGCUAGUUUGACAAAACAAUAUAUAGAGUUGUUCCACAAAUGAAAUACUUGUAGCUCUAAGAACCUGCUCAGCAAGGGUGUAUGCACUCCGAGUAUGUUUGGGGUUUGGAGGCAUUGGUAUUUGAAAAGGAGAGGAAAAAACCGGAGUACCCGAAAGAAACAUCAGGGGAAGAUAGUAAUUAAUGCUCAACAUCACACUGGGUUAAUUAUCCGGGACAUGAACCCUGGUCACAUUCAUGAGAGGCGAUCGCUUUCAUCACCUCCCCUUGGUCCUUACUCUUAAUUCUUUCCUCAAACGACACUCAUCCGACUAAAUUGACCACACCAUCCUUUCAGUCGUUUAACAUAUACACAGCAAAUGGAAGUGUCAUACCCGUGGAACCUGUUGCAGCGCCGCAGACUACAACUCAAGCUGGUACUAGCGGAGUAAAUAGAACAGAAACGACACUGACGAGUGGGGCAGCGGUCAGUCAGACAGGGACCCAAGGUCAAACAGGUCAAAUUGUAGCGGGUCAAACUGAGCUGCAAUCAACAUACAAUGCAACAAUAGGAGUUCAAUACGGCGGGACACCAGGCCAUCCGCUACCAGGUCACCCAGGGAUAUAUCAUGGCGCAUUUGUGUACAACAGAGCAGUCCCAUACUAUAUUCCACCUAAGACUGACAACCCUCACGAAGCUGCCACAGCUAAACAGUUUGUGGACCCACGAGGUCUCGCGAAAGUGAGUAAGUAGACAACCAUUAUUCAUCACCAUUUCAGAUCGUGCAGAACGUUUGACGUUUGAACUUUUUUGCUUUGAGUAACAGCCCUGAAAUUUCACAGCUUUUUACUAAAAUUAACGAAACCAUAAAGGCUUGCGUGUCGUGCUCUUCGCUAACUUCAACUUUUCCAUGGCAACCCAUUUUUUAUAGUCAUGAAUAUUGCAAAUCAUAAACUUUUGUUGGUAAUAACGUUUUUAGAGAGACAUCCCAGAGCAUCAAUGAAAUGCCUAUUUUAACAGCAAAAUUACUUUCGAUUCAUAAACUUGUCACUUAGUAGAACUGGUAGUUGUCUCUUUCUCUUAUCAUGUUAGUUAAAUUUAAAUUGACCCUAGAGCAUAAAAACAGGCCAUUUCCGAGUUCCAAAAACUCUCACUUUCAAAAUGACUCUAAAUGCUAACCUUUUCUUGUGAAAAUAGGUUUUAUUUGUUUGAAAGUAAAAAGUCAUUUUCAUAUCAUUCAAUCAAUGACUUUGCGCUUAGCCUCGCUUUGAAACAGAGGUAAUUAAGGUAAUUCGGAAAUGGGCUAUUCGUUUGAGGGAAAAAGAAGAUGCCACCAAAAUAACACUAAAAACUGCAAGCUCAUAAACUGGAGUUAUCAUGCGUAUAUUUUGCAGUUGUACAUGGUGCUCUGUAUGUGAUUCAUGCCUUUGAUGUACCCGCUGCUCAAAAUCCUAUGUACAAUCUUUGUUGGCGAAUAAGUAAUGACAGAUUGGAACUAACUCAGCAUUGUCAGGUAAGAUAGCCAAUUCAAAAAGCUAUGCCAGUUCUUGGUGUACCAUUCUAGAAGACAAUAUCUACUGUAUAUUUGCAAAAUUGUCGCAAAAUGUAUAAAAAGAUCGUCGAAAACUGAAAAUUUCCUAUGAGCACUUUCUUUUGCCAGACCAAAUUCAGAACUUUUGAAUUCACUGUUUGGCCAGGGAAAAGUGGAGAAAGAAUUCAAGUGCCUAGCAAGUGCACCUGAUAUUCUCCCGUUCAUCGUGGAAUCUUUGCUGCGAUAAUUGUGUUCUGCCCGUUAUUAUUCACUUCCAAUAAACCACACCUGAGUAGUGUAGGACGUACUAGUUAGACCUCUUAAUUGUAUUGUUCACGGGAGAGAGACAAAAGGCUAUGAUAUCAUCGGCGUUAAUGCAUUUGACUUCACACUAAUGAGAUUUCACUUCAAAAAAGGUGUCUAACGAGUGCGCCCUGUACUACUCCCAUGGAUCCCCCGGAAUGCUAUUCCCAGGUUGAAAGCAGCAUUAUCAGUGAUUUUUUUUGGCAGCCUGUUGUCAACUUCAUAUUCCAUAUCUUAAUUGAAAUUUUCUGCGCUAGGAGACCUCGGAUAAAAAAUCAUUAAGUUUAGAAAGCUGGGACUUCUGCAAAGCGUAUUUGCCUUCACUAUUCCACUCUCUCAGCACAUUACACUAAUAUCCUUACCAUAAUUUUGUGUUCCUUUUCUUUUCUACUUUGAAACCUAGGUUAUUUCUUAUACUUAAUAUUAAACAGGCUUUUAUGGUCUACAUUCCUGGAUUCGACAACGGAACCGGCGAACACCCGACUAUAUCAUUUGAAUCGGCCUGCGCCCCUAGUCAUUUCGUUCGACAAAAGAACUACAAAUUUGUUUUAGGAAAGAAGGGAGAUACGAAAUUUGGUAAGUUUAUUUGAUGUAUAUUCGGAGGAGAAAAUUUCCAUUUCCGUUUUUUUUUACGAGCUCAUGAUUAAGUUUCUGGUAGACUUUAGUUUAGUUUCCAUGUUCAAAGGUAAAGGGGAAUUUUUUCAAAACUCUUUCCAGUUCCUCGGAAGUUUAUGAUACGAACUCAGCUGAAAUUUUACGACUGACAUUUUUGUGUAUCAGUUCUGCACUGCCAAAAGAGGUAAUCCGCGUCUCACACAGGCAGUCAAACCAAUACCGAAUUUUCUAUUAAAAGCCUUCGUCGUAAUCAUUAAAGUCCCUUUUCUUCUGACCUUCAGACUAUGACGCCACGGCAGCCUUUUUCCAAGUGUUUUCGUUGCCAGGAGCUUUCCAGUUCAGUCUUAUGCGUAAAGGAUGGUACAUUUGUAGAAGUGAGGACUCAGACUAUCACCGUGUAAAGAUUGUCACAGACUACAACAUGGCGUCUAAAUCAUGGCUUAGACGAUGCUCGUUCGCCCUAAGGCCUUUAGCAGCGAACGAGGAUCCGCUUAUGAACUGCUUUGGAACGCGUCCGCCACCAACGCCACAUCAAAAGCCUGGAAUAAGUGCUACACCAACCUCCCCUCCACCAGGGACAAAUAAAACCAUACCUACCACUCAUUCUACAAAUGCUACUACACCAACCACUCCACCCAAAGAAGAAGGUGAAAAAAUCCCGUCGUUUUUCAUGUUUUCCACAAAAUUGUCCUCCAUCUGUUUUAAGUAUCGAUCAUUCAGGCGUCAGACACUUAAGACAAUCCCUUGUUGUUUUGACUAUAUCCCCAUUUUUCAUUAUAUUUUGGAAGAACUGAAAUGCACAAAGGGAUGAAAGCUAGACCCCAGCGAGGUACUGAAGAAAUUUUAGGCAAGGGGUGAGCGAAUCCAUAGCCUAUACCAACCAGACCAUGUUCAACAUGUUCAGUUACAUUUGGCAAUCUUUUUCUGGACUACACACCCCCAAAAAUACCUAUCCUGUGUCAGAGAGUUAAGGAGAAGAAACUCAUCUUCAUACCACUGACCCUAUUCUACACUAAAAUGAAAUCCCCUGAAAUCUGUACCCUUCUCCAGCCUAUAAUGUUUGGAACCGUCCAUAUCCUUCCCUGUUGAACAAACCCUUUUAUCCCGUAUGAUUCGAGUUGGGGUACGUGUCCCAACCUUCCUUCGGUAUGCAAUCUAAAAUUUUAUGAAUUUUACUGUUUACCCGUAUUGAGGGAGUUUUAGCAGCGACAAGGGCGACGGCAGCGAAAAUAUCACUAUUAGAAUGAAUUCGCAUUUUUAAAAAAAUAUAUAUAUUGCGUUUAUUUCAACUCCGAGUCGCUUAAUGCAGGUAAAUUUCCCAAGGGACGAAAGAAAAAGAAUGAUGUCGUCGCCGUUUGUUUACGGCCAACAUAAAAAUUCGCAUGAGGAAUUUUCACUUCAUGGUCGUGCAGUGACGGUAAAGAAAUGAACAAAAAGUGUACUGCACGUGCAAAGUUAUUGUUUUGCUAAAUAAACCUAUUGCUUUUUGGGCUUUCUCGUUGGCGUUGCCUCAACCUUUUGGUGCUUUGCUAACGACGACGGCAACUUUCCAAACUUUAGUGCACACUGGAAAAACUGGACCUUUUACAGAGAUAGUAAGAUGUCUAUAAAUUGUAAAUUUUAUAGACUUUUUACAAGAGUUAAAAUGUACCCCUCUUUCGUAGUCCCCAAGAAAUCGACUCCAGGAAAAUUGGACUGUAUUUGACAUUUUCAGCGAAUUGGAAUAAACGCGAAUUCAUUUCAAAAGUGGCGUUUACUUUGCCAUCCCCGUCAUCGAUGCUAAAUCUCCAUCUUGUUCCCAGGGUCCUUUCUUACCCCCUCUUCCCCGGAGCGAGAGAAAAGGAACGAUUAGGAAAGGACCCUGGGAACAAGAUUGUCUUUGGGGUUGGUAAAGCUAAGUCCCCUAAUGCUGAAUGCUUCUUGCUUGUUAUGAUACCUUCAUUUUUACUCCUCGCUUUAGGUCCUUGCCUGAAUUUUCAUUUCUGGAACGAUGCCGGUAUACCCUUUAUGCUCUAUUCCAGUCUUAAGCCGGAAGGCUACUUAGUCACAGGACCUGAGAUUCAUCUUCACUACGUCAUCCGAAAUAAAAAAGUGGUGGGCCUGGUCCGUCUUCCAGAUAGGAGAGAUAAGGUCUCUGUUUCAAAUGGACCUCUACUUUCAGAGGUACGAAAACGAAACGCUACGCUCGGACCAACUAAGUACCUAACUGCAGUUAUUUCAAAACAUUUCCUUCCAACAUUAAUUUUCGGUCAUGUUUACGGAACCACAAAGUUGGUAAUGCAUUGCAAAUGACGUGAAAUAUUUAACUGAGUACUGUGUUGCAUGUAAUAUAGGUUUUACAAACUCCAUGGAUACUAAAAAAAACAGUGUUCAAAUUAUAUGGGUUUAUGAGAUGAUAUUUGCUUUUAAUUUACUGCAAUCAAAUAUGAGGAUUAAACAUUGAUUUGCCCAUAGAUACCCUUUUUAACAGCUGGUAUCUGAUUUACGCAAAGGUAAUGAAUGAAAUAAGUGAAAGCCAGCAGCUGUUACUUGACUCACCGGGAUCAAAAAUAGCAGCUAACCAGAUUGUCAAAUUUUGGGCAAAGGAUCCCUACGGAAAGCGUGAGAUUCUUUUGGAUGGCAAGAAAGUUGUGUACGCUAUCCCGGGAAUUCACUGCUACCACCACGUAAAAAUUACAGUGACAUCAAGGCCUAAACCAAGUAAGCACAAGAAAUAAAGGUGUUAUAUGCAUAAUUCCUCAAGCUAGUGCAGGUAGAUAGAAAGACACAAGAGUUAAGGUCACGGGCUGUGGAAUGGUCAGACUUCUGCCUCCCAAACCAAGUUCAACAAAGUUAAUUUGUUUCAAGAACGGCCUUAACUAAGGGAACUUAUCUGUUAGGUCUCCUUUGAGACGUUUUGUAAUAAGCAGCAACCUAUGAUGCGCAAAAAGCUUUUAUAUGACAGUAUUUACAUAGAUACAAAAAUGUGGUUUUACCAACUGAGUUGAUUUUAUUAGUAUAGUGGCUAAAGUGUGUAGGAGGAUGGGCAAGCUGUUUAUUGAAGUGCUAACCCUUAAUCAUUCGGAUAAACUUUUAACAAGUUUAAGUAUCGUCCGCAAAGUAUUAUACUAUCAAACGUCUUUUGUUUGAUUCUAGCUCCAUCAACAACCAAGCCAACAACUCCAAAACAGACAACAACAAUGAGACCAGCGAUUACUUCUCCUGUGCCAACCACACCAGCUCCAGCUCCACCAACCACACGUAUCACUGCACCACCACCUCCUCCACCAACUCUCUUUCCUCAUAUACAUGUCCACUUACACGCUCCUCCACCACCAGUUCGACAUGCACCCACACCGGUAUAUGCACCUCCACCGCCACCAACAACACCGGAGCCAUCUCCUCCAGCACUGCCACCAACGAAACCACCACCACCACCGCCUCCCCCAACAAAACCUCCAAGCACCAAAACAACGCCACCGCCACCACCAUGCAGUCCAGAAGGCGGUUCCAGUACAGCUGGUCCAUGCGUUGCACUUACUAUUGAGCCUGUUACAACACCUCCACCGCCAUGCUCUCCUGGAUCCACAUCUCCGUGUCCUCUCGUCGCUACCCCUCCACCAGUCACUCCAUCCCCUCCAUGUUCUCCACCGGGGGGGCCUCCUGUACCAGGGGCCCCACCUCCUUGUCGACCACCAUCAACUGCACUGCCACAAGUUUUACCUGUUACUUUACCAACCCUUCCGCCAAUUUCAACUGCUUUGUCAGCUGCAGGUAAGUUAAAUUUAAGCCAGGACUUUUCUGUAGUUAUAAAAUUUUGAGCGUCCAUGGACGGUAGUCGAAACACGACCAUGGUGGAACAGGUUAAGUAUGCUCUACCCACUGAGCUAUGGAAAACCCGUUGUAACCAAGGUCAUACAAGAUUCUUUUUAUCCGUGAGUCUCACCACGACAUCCAACUGGCAGUGGGUGAAAAAAUUGUUUAGACACUGUCCUUAAACGGGGUGUAUUUCGGGAAACAAAACGAUGUCCCCCCCACAAAAAUGACGCUAGGAAACCAGUGGUGAGGUCUUUAAAUGUAGAAAGUAAUCUCAGGCUAGUAGUUGAAAUGUGCUGAAAACCAAGCAAAUAAAUUUCACGUAAACGCUCGAUCCAAAAUUGUAGAAAUUGAGCUCGCUAGUUUUAAAGAGCAUAGUGCCUUUAUUGAUUCGUGAUGUUCGGUACGUGCUUUUUUAUUUUACAAUCUUAUAUCUAAUAAGAUUUCCUCCGAUUCCAAGCUUAUUUUAUUCUAUACAAAAUGAGUCGACACACUUGAAUAGUGCUCCUUUAACUGACAAAAUUGUUUAUCUGUCAAACUCAGGCUAUUGAAUUUUUAAUACAGUCAACGUUGGGUGUUAUUCUCCUAUAUCCAAAAAGAAAAUAAUUAGCGACGGGAUAAAGAAGAUAUUAGGAAUUAGGACUAAAAGUUAUUAGACGUUUUUUAGGCGUCUCAACAACUUUCCUAAAACCUGUAAACUCAUUUUCCUUUGCUUUCUAUUUCAGUUGCGAUUACAAUCCAAGGUAAGCAAAAAUGAUGUUGCUCAUCAUCACCGAUAAGCUGAAUUCGGUGUAUGGGGAAAAAUCCUAGUUUUUUGAUCUUCUGAAAACUUCUAAAAUUUUAAGGCAGUAUUUUAAGAAAUCAUUCUUAAUUUAUGAAUGAUGUUGGGUGUGGAAAUUGCAGAGCUAGAUAUGCAUCCUGACAUGACUGGGACAAGGUUUAUCAUAAAGUUGCUUGCAAAAGAAUAACAACAAACGACAAAUGACAACAAAACAAACAAAUUCUUUUCUGUGGUGCUGGUGUGGUGCCAAAUUUUUGGUGUCCACUAAAGCAUUUACAUUUGCUUUAUUGGAAUAAAACUCUUGAAAUAAACAAUUAGAUGGUUACACUAAAGAGAAAACCAUUUAAUAUUUAAAAAAUAUAUAUAGUUAUUUUGUUAUCACAUCAGGUUGUAUGGCCACCCAUGGUGGGACUUCGCAUGGUGCUUGCUGUAUGUUUCCCUUCAUCUAUAAUGGAACACCGCACCAUCGCUGCACAAGGGCAGAGCGAGGGUAUCGCUGGUGCUCAACCACUGCUAAUUAUGACGUAGAUAAACAGUGGGGGUUUUGUGCGUCCUGCUAUCUGUGCUACGGCGGCAACUCAAAUGGGAACUGCUGUCAUUUUCCCUUUAUCUAUGGUGGGAAAAUGUACACAACUUGCACCAAUCAGGAUGAAUCCAAGCCCUGGUGUGCUACGACUUACGACUACGAUGUUGAUAAACAAUGGGGCUAUUGCGGAGGUAAAAGGAAACUGUUUUCUAAUUGAUGCCUACACAAUACUUUUCUGAUUACAACAGUCGAUACGUGUAGUUCGCUAGUCAGCAUUGUGGUUAGUUACACAUCCCGGCCAUACUACUCAUUGUGGUCUCACCAUUUGUAGCCGCGACCUUAGUUAUGCUAACAGUACUUAACUACAUAUCCUUUUAGGGUGAGUUAAGGUGAAAGGUUUGUACGCAGCGACGCUACGUCAUUGACACAAGCAUUAUAUUGCAGAGAUUUCCUGAAAUUUUUGUAAGGAUAGUAAUUACACCCUUCCAAGAAGAACAUGCCAUCCCAUCUUUGUGUCAAAUUUCUAUGGAGAAAGAUACAGUAUACGUCAGUACUAUUAGUUUACGAUCUGGCCUUUAACAGUUCGAUUUUAAUAGAACGCGAUGGUUCGAAUGUAAACUCAAAGAACAAUCUACUAAACUGUAUACAAUUCAAAAAGCAUACAAGCAUAUAAAACUCGUGUCUUUACUCACCUAAAAUGCCCACGAACUUCCGGACAAACCAACGAUGAAAGCCUAAACAACUCUACCACUAUAACGCUUAAUGGCAUGAUGACGUUAUACACCAAAUCUCACGCUCUAAUUGGUUAUUGUAUUAGCCCUUUGUUACCUUAUCUUUCACACCAGUCGAGAUUUUUUUUCGCCUGUACAAUACCUUGCACAUCGGCUGUAUUAUGCUGCCGCCCCGUCAGCCUCGCGUUUUCACUCAGCUGAAUCGUUGGCAAUUAGGAAAAUGUAAGGUAUAGUUAUUCGUUCUUGUUCUUUAUUUAUCCAAAGGUGACUCCCCUGGGUCAGUUCCUCAGCCCAAGCUCGCCUACGCACCAUGCUCUUCUGAUUGCGACGGGAUGUGUGUAGAUACUUGUCCUGAUUACUGCUGUGUAAAGGGGAAAACAAGUGUUCAGCUGCAGAUGCCUCCCGUAACAACUCAACCUGCACAGGUAAUAACCUUAAGACGCGAUUUUCUGUAGGAGCGAAGCUGCGCCACGCCCAUCUCUAAAGGGGAGAGUCACAUAUCGGAUAGGUGUUCACACUAUAUACCGUAUAGCUUUUCGUGUCUACACAAAAAGGCUAUCUGUAGCCUGCUAGCAAGCUCUCCUAUUUGGGCGAGUGAAGCGAGUCUCGCAAGAACGCGCGAGCGGGCGGCGAACCGCGAGGGACAGGGGAAAGGCCCCUCGCUCGCGCGUUCUCGCGAGGCUCACUUCGCUUGCCCAGAUAGGAGAGCUUGCUCCAAGGCUAGGCUAUCUUGUAUAAUGCGAACAUUUCUCAAAUUCGCUACAAUGUGUUUAAAAACUCAUCAUAUGACUGAUCGAUCUAUCCCCAAUUACAGUGAAAUUUAUGGAAAGGAUCCACAAUAAAAUCUUUCCUGUAACUUGGCACCCAGCUAUAUCCAGGUUCGAAUAUACCCGGGUCCCAGUGGAUAGAAAAUUAUGAUAAAAUUGCUUAUUGCAAAUCAUUUCAAAAGAAGGCGUUUUAUUGACUUAGAAACGACGUCCUUUUUCAGUUUCAGCAGAGUUUUGAGGCUCUUCAGCAACAACAGUCAUGUCCAGCAAUCUGCACCAAGCUUUGCGUACCAGACUGCCCCGUGAGGUGCUGUAAUCUUUCUCCUGCUGCUUCGUACGUACCUGCACCUCCACCAAUACCUUCAUACUGUCCUCAGAUUUGCUACAGUACGUGCAUUAGCUCAUGCCCGGCACACUGCUGCUCAAGCUCGCGACGAGGAGUUGGCCGUAACAGUUUACUGGGCGUAGACACUCCACCCUGCCCGAGCGACUGCUAUUCUAGUUGCCACUUAAACUGCCCACCGCAAUGCUGUAAAAUUAAAAGGGAAGGUAAAAGCAACAUGCCCCUGUACUGGACUGAUAGUUAGAUAUGAUAGAUAGAUAUGAUGGCGAUAAUAUUCGAGGAUGGGUGGCGGUGCUGCUAGAAUGUGGUUAGAGGUAAACAUUCUAUAAUUGAGAAAAAUUGCCAGGUACAAAUUUACUCUCUUCCCGCCUUUAUUGACUUUUUCCCACCAUUUUUUCUUGCGUUGGCACAAGAUAUAAAAAAAGGGCUCGCUGAUCUUAGCAUGCUUUCGCUAAAGAUAACAUUUUCCCGAAAGCUUCAAGGAGCAACGAGUGCGAUUGAUUCGUCAAUUAACCAGAACGUGCUCUACUGAGAAGAAUCUUGCAGGUAGUCCCGGAUAAAACUGAAAGCAAACAAAAUACAAAUUAAAGUAACACGCUUUUUACAUUUAGUUUCUGUUCUUUACUCUAGCUACCCUUAUCUGGCUACCCACCUUUUCUGUUAUUUUUCAUGCUCAAACGGUUAUCAAAAUAUGGGAAAUGCUAUCUUGUUCUUUAUCUUUGUCAAAUGUUUCCUUUCAGUUUGUAAAGACGGUCUGCGUACAAUCGGUGGGAAUGCAGAAGGGGCCUGCUGCAAUUUGCCUUUUAUCUACAAGGGUGCGGUUUAUUGGGCUUGUACCACCCAAGAUUCUGUGAAAAGAUGGUGCCCGGUUAAUAAAGUGUUCGAACUCGACAAAAAAUGGGGCUUCUGUGUAUAG